AUGUCCAUCUUCACACCAAUCAACCAAAAACGUCUUACCAACGUCUCCGUUGUGCGGUUAAAGAAGAAUGGAAACAGAUACGAAAUAGCCUGCUAUCCAAACAAAGUUCAUGCCUGGCGGGAAAAUCUAGAAAAAAACAUAGACGAAGUUCUUCAGACUCAGGAAAUUUUUUCCAACGUGUCAAAGGGUCAGCUCGCCACCAAGUCAGAUAUCCUUAGAGAUUUUGAUACCGACGAUGUUAACACAGUUCUUCUCCAGAUUUUAAACGACGGCGACAUUCAGUACACAGGAAAGGAAAGAAAAAUGGAAAACCAAAACAUGUAUAGAGAUGUUGCAAAAAUGGUUUCCGAGAAGUGUAUAAAUUUGGAAACUAACAGAGCCUUUACCGUUACUAUGAUUGAAAAAAUGAUGAAGGACUGUCAUAUAAAUUUGCAACCAAAGAAGAGCGCCAAACAGCAGGCUUUAGAAGUUAUCAAACAGCUGAGGGCCGUGGAAGGAUUUAAAAUAGCACCAGCUAUGAUGGAAAUAUUAAUAUCCCUGGACCCGAAGCUAGUAGAUGCCUUAUCGCCCAAUAUCCUCAAAUUGGUCCAUCAAAUUAUUCGUCAAGAGCGCAACCCGGAAGGGAUUUUCGAGUUGGCCGCCAUAAUUGAACCGGAUAAUUACCACGCUCUGCUGAAUAUGUUAGAAGAGCAGGCCAAAAACCGCUUUUGCAUUGAGAUUAUCGGCCCGGCCUGGCCAGGAGAUACCACCCGUGGGCGACAGGCUGCAGCAGCCAGGUCCAAACAACUCAAAAAGACCCAUGAGUCGAUUCCCGAGUCAGUACCUGAAUCUGUCAGUCCUCGAACGCUGCCCGACGUCACGGAGCAGCAGUCUGAUGAAGUAGCACAGCAGUCGGCAUCCGCUCCAGUUGACAGCUCCUCUGCAACCCCACCGAGCAGUACCCAAGAAAGCAAGAAGGCUGUUGACAAUGACUUCGAGGACAAUGACUACGACUCAUUUGCAGGUAGGAAGGCAGCCCGGCAGAAUAAGCGAAAAGGAAAGAAGAAGGCCGCCGCUGCUGCUGCGUCUGCAUCCGCUAAUUGA